GUGGCAUCUCGCGCACCCGUCUUCGGUCUUCUCCCCAGCAGCAGGCCUCAGCCUCCCACGCCACGACUCCGCUCGCGACGCCGGCUAGCCGGCCACCGACCCCCACACCCACAAGUGCUUGGCGAUAAAUUGGGGAGAAGAGAAGAAAAAGGAACCACCCCCAUUCCUUCGCUUCCUCCCCGAAAUAAAGCUCUGCUCGCCUCAGCUCGGGGGGCGGCUCAGACACCAAUCCGAAGCCCUGCUGCUGCACCACAAAUGCGUGAGAGAGACGCCUGCUGGGAGUACUGCGACAAGCUGGAUGGGAACAAGGUCCGGUGCAGGUUCUGCCACAAGGUCCUCAACGGCGGCAUCAGCAGGCUCAAGUUCCACCUGUCCCAGAUCCCCAGCAAAGGGGUGAACCCCUGCACCAAGGUGAAGGAAGACGUCGUCGACAGGGUGAAGGCCGUCAUCUCGGCCAAGGAAGAGUACAAGGAGUUCCAGCUCCUCAAGAGGCAGCGCGUCGCCGACCUGUCGUCGGCUGCUGCCCCGGCGAAGUGGGCGCCGGAGGCUCCUCCGUCCCUGUCUACCUCUCCGGGGCGAGUGGCCUCUCCUGCUGCUGUUAUUACUCGUGCCGCUGAACAGAGUCGGCUUCUCGCCCCGGAAGCGUCCGCUCCGGUGCCCAGACCAUCUGCUGCUGCGGCAAACAACAAGCCACGCGCCGCCGCCGCUUCGGAAUGGGAGACAGAACGAUGUAUAGCUGAGUUCUUUUUCGAGAACAAGUUGGACUACAGCAUAGCCGACUCGGUCUCAUACCAGCAGAUGCUCGAGGCGCUCGGCGGUCCGGGAUUCCGAGGGCCGCCAGCAGAUGUUCUGCGGGACAAGUGGCUGCAGAGGCUCAAGUCCGAGAUCCUGCAGAAGACGAAGGAGAUCGAGAAGGACUGGGCGACGACCGGCUGCACGAUACUGGCCGAUUCGUGGACCGACAACAAGCUGAAAGCCCUGAUCAACUUCUCCGUGGCGUCUCCCAUGGGCACGUUCUUCCUCAAGACGGUGGACGCCUCCUCGCACUUCAAGACGCACAGGGGCCUGUACGACCUCUUCGACGAGGUGAUCCAGGAGGUGGGCCCGGAGAACGUGGUCCAGAUCAUCGCCGACAGGAACAUCAACUACGGCAGCACGGACAAGCUGGUCGCGCAGAACUACGGCGGCGCCAUCUUCUGGUCCCCCUGCGCGUCGUUCUGCGUCAACGCCAUGCUGGACGACUUCUCCAAGAUCGACUGGGUGAACCAGUGCAUCUGCCAGGCGCAGACCGUGACGCGGUUCAUCUACAACAGCAGGUGGGUCCUCGAUCUCGCGAGGAAGUGCGUGGCGGGGCAGGAGCUCGUCUGCUCGGGGAUCACCAAGUCCGUGUCGGACUUCCUCACGCUGAAGUCCCUGCUGAGGCACAGGCCGAAGCUGAAGCAGAUGUUCCACAGCGCCGAGUUUUCGUCCUCGUCGUACGCGAGCAGGUCGAUACCGUGCGUCGAGAUCCUGGACGACGACGAGCUCUGGAGGGCGGUCGAAGAGAUAGCCGCCGUCUCCGAACCUCUGCUCAGGGUCAUGAGGGACGUCUCAGGAGGCAGGCAGGCCAUCGGCUACAUAUACGAGUCGAUGACGAAGGUCACGGACUCUAUCAGAACGUACUACAUAAUGGACGAAGGGAAGUGCAAGUCGUUUCUGGACAUAGUGGAGCAGAGAUGGCAGACGGAGCUGCACUCGCCUCUUCACUCGGCUGCCGCCUUUCUGAGCCCGGGCAUCCAGUACAACCCGGAAGUUAAGUUCUUCCGCACUAUCAAGGAGGAGUUCUACCAGGUCCUGGAUAAGGUUCUUACGACCCCUGACCAGAGGCAUGAUAUCACCGCACAGUUGCACGCUUUCCGCAAGGCACAAGGGCUGUUUGGUUCGAACAUUGCUAAAGAGGCCCGCAACAAUACCCCUCCAGGCAUGUGGUGGGAGCAGUACGGCGACUCAGCACCGUCGCUGCAACGCGCCGCCGUCAGAAUAACCAGCCAGGUGUGCAGCACGCUGACGUUCCAGAGGGACUGGGGCGUGAUCCUGCAGAACCACUACGAGAAGCGCAACAAGCUGGACAAGGAGGCCCUGGCCGACCAGGCCUACGUGCACUACAACCUCACGCUGCACUCCGAGCCGAAGGCGAGGAGGAGGCCGGACGCGGACCCGAUCGCGCUGGACGCGGUCGACAUGACGUCGGCGUGGGUGGAGGACUCCGACGGCCCCAUCCUCACCCAGUGGCUCGACAGGUUCCCGUCGGCGCUGGAUGGCGGGGACCUGAACACGAGACAGUUCGGUGGAUCCAUCUUCGGCACCAACGACAACCUGUUCGGCCUCUGAUGGCUUCCGGCUCCAGGGGGUGGGGGGACAUCUGCCUGUUCUCAUUUGUUUUGAUUAACACGAGAGCCAUGAAGCUGCUGAAAAUGUGCUAAGCAUCCAUUUCUUCUGCAGUCAUCAUUGCUAUCUUCUUCAGUGUAUUUACCUGGUGCCUUGGUGGGUGCACAUACAUAGCUGACACAUGGGGGCCACUCUACAAGAAUGACUCGGGAAGAGGAUAACCAUAGAAGGAGACAAACGCCAUCGCCUUUUCCAUUUGUUGCGGAAGUAAAUAUAAACUGCGAGCUAUCAUAUCAAGUUACUGUGAAGAGUGAAGAGAUAUCACAGGGACCUCUUCAGGCUUCAAGGCAGAUCCGCAGCAGAUGGAGGCGAAGAGCAGGCUGCCGGAGGUGACCAUCGUCCCGGCGGCACGGCCGUUGGCUGGCGACGGCACAGUCGACGCGGCAAAGGCGGCGGCAGGCAAGGAGCCCGUAAGCCCGGGCACUCCGUCCUCGGUGGCCGCCGGCCGCAGCAGCUGUGAGGAGAGGCGCGCGGUGGACGGCGUCGCCCUGCCUGGGUGGAAGCUCGACGCCCUCUGCCAGGAGUCCUGCCCGUCGCCGGCCAUGAGGGCGCGCUUCCCCUACUACUUCUGAAGCUUCCCGUUGCAGUCCUGCGUGAUCGAGUUCUUGAGCGGCGACAUCUGGUGCAUGCUCUUGACGACUGAUGGCGUUCUUGGGUGUUUUCCUUGCUCAGGGUUUCCCUUUCGUGCACGUUCAUGUAUGUAUGUUAGUAUGUAUUGUGUGUAUAAAGAUCUGCGAGCUUUGUGUAUAACGCAAAUGAUGAACCUUCGGGCAACUGCGUGUAUGGUUGUAUCUGUCUAUCUGACAUAAUUUGAGCACACUGUAUGUAUCGUUCUCAUCGAAAUAGUUCCCG